UCUUCUCCAAAACUCUUAAAAUAUCCCUUUCCCUGUAAAGUUCACAGACCCCCUUAUCUCCUAACCUCUUUCUCUCUCUCUCUCUCUCUACCAGAAAAGUCAGUACCAAUCAGCCAACCGCCGCCGGUUGAUGACAACGAACCCUAAUCCCUGGACGUCGCCGGCGAGGAGAACCAGAGCGGAGGAAGGUGGGAAGCCCGGCCCGUCUCCACUGGGACGGAAUCGAUCUCCAUCCGGUGACUGAUGGAGGUUUUGUUCAGUGCUCCCACGUUUAGUAUCGAAGUUCCGCCGUCCACGGCGUUCGUCGGCGUCUCUAUCGCACCGGAAAACCCCGCCGUCGCAGCUUCCUGCCUCCCACAAACUCAGAGUCGGGUCGUGCCGGGGUUGAGCGGGUCGGGAUCCGGAUCUGGUAGCUCACUAGGGGAAGUUUCGUCGGAGAGCUCGUCGUCGAUUGGAGUUCCCGACGACGAUUCCGAGGACGACGGCGGCGGCGAGGAGGUGCAGAGCAAACCGAAGGAAGGAGGAUUAUGCGGAUUGGAUUCUCUUGAAGACGCUCUCCCGAUCAAAAGGGGAUUAUCGAGCCAUUUCUCGGGGAAAUCGAAGUCGUUUGCGAAUCUAUCAGAGGUGAUUCAAGUGAAGGAUCUGGAGAAGCCGGAGAAUCCUUUCAACAAGAGGAGGAGGAUUUUAAUGGCGUCGAAAUGGUCAAGAAAAGGCUCCUUCUACAACUGGCCGAACCCUAAAUCGAUGCCUCUGCUGGCCCUCAACGAAGACGAAGAACAAGGAGAAGAAGAAGAACAAGAAGAAGCCGAUUGUUCCGAUUCAGAGGACGGAGAUGAAGAAGACGAAGAAAACGAACGGAGAAGACGAACCCUAGCCUCGAAGUUCCAUGAUCGGAAGCUCGUUAAUGGCAUCAAAUCCAAGAGUUGUUUUGAUCUGCAAGAAUAUCAACACCGAUGACUCGUAAUAAAAUUUAUUGAUCUGAGCAGAAAAAAAAAA